AUGCUGCGCCAUGGGCAGACCUCUGCAUGGGUAUUCCUAGCGGUUGUACUGCUUCUGCAAGCAAUUCGCUCAGUCCAGGGUGCUGGAAGGCUGGAGGUAUUUCGAGUUUAUGUGUCCGGAAGCACAGAGGCUUGUUGGCAGACUAUGCGCUUCUCCAAUGCCUUCGAGGAAGCUCCUGUGGUAGUUGCAAUGACCACAACCCAGGGAAGCAGCCCGGCCAAAAUUCGAGUACGGGCUGUCACGAAUGCCUCCUUUGAGGUUUGCCUCACGGAGCCUUGGGAGUCGGAUGACCCAGAACACGUUGUUAUGUAUGCCAGUCUCAUCGCAGCUUCUCCUGGGGUCCACAAGCUGCCGGACGGUCGGAUUUUCGAGGCAGGCUUUCUGGAAACCAUGCAGCGGCGGGCUGCUAGGUGUAGACCUCUGGACUUCCCCAACAAGGGCUGGGAGAAGGUCUACUUCGCUCAUUCAUUCUUGGAGCCUCCGGCUCUUUUGACUGAGCUCCAGACAGCAAACAACGAAGUUUCGAGUCAACCUGCUGUGCCGUGGCUGGUGGUUGGUGCCUGUUGCGUGACAUCGUCCCAGGCAAGCCUGACUCUGGAUUCUGUGGUGGCCUUUGACGGCGGUCAGAUCAAUGUUCCGGAGCAGAUUGGCUACAUCGCUUUUGAUUCUGCGGCGUCCACCACAGAGAUCACGGUCCCCGCAGUGCGAGCCUGCCAAGCUGGGCAAGAGGUGCUGAUCCGGAGCUGGAGUGGCGAAUACUUGCAAGACAACGACGGUGUGCUUGAACUGGCAGCGGAUGCGGCUAGCGGGGAUUCCAGUCGGUGGAUGACCACCCUGUCCAACAGCAGGGUAGUCUUCACAAGCCAUCGGUCCGUGCGACUAACUGAGACGGAUUCCUCUAGCUUGGCCUUGGAAGCCCAUGGCUCGGGACAAGAAUGGGAGAUCGUCCAGGCAGAUGGUGACCAGGUGUACCUUUUCACCCAAUCGGGGCGAAAGCUAACUGACGAUGGCACGCUGCAGUUGCGGCCGCAAAGCGUGCUAUCGAGCAGUGAAGACUAUGAUUAUUACCUGCCAGUUCAGAGGUGGAUGUUACUUGAUGCCUCCACCAGGGAGCCUUGCCCAGACGUGGUCGAGGCGCCUUCCACUGCAGACCGAACGAUCUCUUAUGCCGUCGUGAGGUCGGACCCUUUCGCAGAUAUGGGCUGGGAUGAAGGCGGGCAGCUCGUGGCCUUCGGGAACACUCUGUCCAAUAGUGCUCCACUGGUAGUGGCAAGCUUGAUCACGAGGAACGGCGCCGAUGGCGGCUGGCUGCGGCAAAAACGCGAUGAAACGACCAGCGCUGCUGCAAAGCUCAGGAUCGACGAGAACAGGAUCGAAAAUGAAAUACCCGCCUUUUCCGUGAGCCUCGUGCUCUCCUCGGGGCCUUGGAGUGCAAGCUUUGCAGAAAGCAAUGGGAGUGUCGGGUGGUUCAACGUGGCAGCAGUCAAUGCCACGAACUUUGUAGAUCCCGACCUGCAGAUCUUUAGGGAUGAUACGGUUCUACAUUUCGACCUGCUUUGCAAUGCUGCGACGAACUGCCUGCAUGCGCUGCGUUUUGGAUCCUCUACCCUUGAUUCAGCUUGGACGGUAGCCAGCAUCAAUGCAGAGUACUCCCCAACUGUGGGGCAGUGGCAAUCCGUGCAAGUGAGUCUUGAUGGAAGUAGCGUAUCCUACAGCGGCACAAUCCCUUGGGAUGCACUUGACACCUUUGAGCUCAUGUCGGAAUCCCCUGGAACUGUGUCCUGGGAGGUUAAGAACCUCACGCUCCAGUUAGCAAGGUUGAGCUGCACCGAUUUAUCUAGAAGCCACGGAAGCUCGGAGAGAGUGGCCAUGGUGGCAUUUGAUGAAUCCUUCAGCAUGGCGGUAGAUUCCACGAGCACGACCUCUACAUCUAGCUCAACAGAUACUGUUACCUCCAGCACAAGGUCGAGCACCAGUACAUUCUCAAGCACCAGCACCGGCACCAUUAGCAGCACAAGCACCACGACGAGCAGCAGCAGCAGCACAAGCACCACGACGAGCAGCAGCAGCAGCACAAGCACCACGACGAGCAGCAGCAGCAGCACAAGCACCACGACCAGCAGCACGAGCAGCAGCAGCAGCAGCAGUGCAAGCACCACAACAAGCACAGCCACGCACACCAGCACGAGCAGCAGCACCCGAAGUAGCACCACCACGAGUUCGAAGUCAUACACCAUCACUACAAGCUCAACUUCAUGCACCACACUCACGGUCACAUCCACAACCAGCAGAACAAUCACACGGACACUAACGUCCACAACAAGCAGCAGAUCAACCACACUCACGCUAACGGCCACAACAAGCAGCUCAAGAACCAGUACAAGCCUAACCUCGACAUCAAGUCAGACGGCAACAACGUCGCACACAUCCAGCAGCACUUCGACAACAUCGCCAACAAGUACGACGACCCGCUCAAGUACGAGGACCAGUAGUUCCAGCUCAAGCCUCAGCAGUACUACUACUACACGGUCGACUUCGCAGUCCACCAGCACAUUGACGGCGGGCAGCAUUGCUGCUGCUCUCACAAACGAGCUGCAGCGCAACACCAACUUCCUGCUCAGUCAGCUGACUAACGUAGAGAAUUCAACUGCAUCUGCGACGACAAGUCUCGGCACUAUGAAGGCCGUCGAGUUGAAGGGCGCCCCUGGCAAUUCGAGCUUCGUGGCCGCAGUGGUUGAUGGCAGUGCGGCAGCUGUUGUCCUACCUUUGGAGGCCUUGGGUGAGUUGGGCGAGAGCGCGGUGCUGGUGCUGACCACCUUCGACGGCCCCGAGGCUUCGGAGCUGGGCUCGGGGCAGAAGGCGCAGACGAAGGCGAGUCGGCCGAUCGAAGCGGCCACGCCGGCGGUGGACAUCUCAAUCGUGGACAAGGACAGCUUGAGCGCCCAGGAGGUGCAGGUCAGGACACCGAUCUUCGUGCGCAUCGCAGAGGUGGCCGCGGAGCCCAACUGGAUCUGCGCGUACCUGGACGGCGACACCUGGUCCACAGAGGGCGUCCGCUUGGCGACGCCAGCGGAGCUCGAGACGGCCUUCGGAGAUCAGGCGAACACCUCCGGCGUUUGGUGCGCCACGCUGCACCUGUCCAUCUUCGGUGCCUUCAUCGACAUCCUGCUGGACUGCACGAACGCCAACAUGCUGUCCCAGGAGGGCCUCCGGGAGAUCGUGGAGCGACAGGGCUGGUGGAUGCGGCCGCCGGCUCUGGGCCUUUGGCUGUUGCUGGCCCCCUCGCUGCUGCUCAUCGGCCUGGGCCGGCUCAGGGACGCCCGGGUGCACCGCUCGGGCUUCUGGCGCGACGAGUACUUCCUCACGGACCUGCCCCCAGUGCCGCAGAGUCUGCCAUGCUUGUGUGGUACAGCCUGGUUUGGGUCCCGAAAAGAGCCGCAGACCACAGACGAUGGAGACGCGAGCCACGAGGAAGAGGAGCAGAAGGCAGAGGAGGCAAACGAGGCAGAGGAGGCCGAGGAUAGCCCUGCACAGGGUGCCAGAGGACGCCGGCCUUCACAGAGCAGCCUUCCCUCCAUCAUGUCCCAACUUUCCUGGUUGCGAGCCGGCAUUCCGGAUCCUCAAUCCAUGCAAUUAAGGCACGAUCUGCUCCAACGACUCAAGCCGAAUUUGGCUGCAGGCAUGCAGGAGCGCGUGAUCUGUCGCAAUACAUUAUGGGAGGUGGCCCGUCAACAUAACGUCCACACAAGCUCCAUCCAGACUCACAUUUGGGGUCGAAGCGGCUGGGUGCAAGGCAGCCUUGCUGUACAAAGGUCUCCACAGCUCAAGGUCUUGGCCUAUGAAUUGGAAGAGACUUUGCCACGUGCCUUUGUGGAGGUCCACACAUCUCGUGCGCAACGACUUUGGGCAGCGAUGGUGGCAUCGCAUCCCGUGUAUGAGCUCUGGAUGUGUGAUCUGCACAUGACAGCAGCAAAGCGGGCGAAGAUCAUGAUGGACUGCCUCCUUGGAUCCCUGGCCUUCGUCGCCCUGUUUUUCUCCGUUGAUGGAACGGCCGUGGCGGCCAGGAGCCCUGCGGAGUGUCCCAUUGAUCAGGGAAGCUUCCUCUGGUACAUCUUUGUCGCCAUGUUCUCCAUUCUAUUGAAUUUUGUGCCCCGCCGCCUGGAAAUUUACUUGGCGCGGCGCGGCUUCGUGCAAGAAAGCCGGCUGAACCGACGCUGGCAACUUCGUGUUAGACGUUUGAAAGAUGUUGGCUUCUGGGCUUUUAGCUUCUGUCUUUCCGGGCUGCAUCUGCUGGUCGUGUCUGCCUUCCUGGCCAACAUGGCCGAGGUUGACGAAGGAAAGUGGAUGUUCACCUUUUUCGUGGUGCUGCUCCGUAAGUUUGUCUUGGUGCCGCUGCUGGCAUGCUUGUUCUCAAGCCUCGGUACAGAGCUCUCCGGCUGGGGCCAAGAGAGGAUUAUGCCGCCCAGGAAGCUAGGGUUGGAUCUGCAGCUUGACGGCCAGGAAACUCUGCCGACAGCUGAAAGUGACAAGCAGGUAUGGCUUGACAAAGUGAAAGAGCUGGCGGGUCGCGGCAUCACCAUACGGCAGCUGCUCGACUUCUAUGCGGAGCUUGGGCACGAGGUCAUGAAGCACUUUGAUCCCAAGAAGUCCACGACGCAUGAUGUGGUUCGCCAAGCCAUCAUACCGCGGUCGCUGCAGCUCAGGGAUUCUCGCUACCUCGUCGUAGUGGUUCAUCGUGCGACGGGACUCGCUGCUCUGGACUUGUUCUCGGGCUCCGAUCCAUACUGCGUGGUGUCGGUGCAGGGUUCGGGUGGCGUGUCGAAGCCUUGGAAAGGUGGUGGAAGGACACCUUAUGUGUCGAACGACCAGAAUCCAGUCUGGGAGGAGUCAUUCCUCGUAGAGGACGUUCUCCAUGAAGAGGUGUUGCAUUUCACCCUCUGGGACCACGACUUUGCCUCGAAGGAUGACUCGCUUGGCAAUGCUUCGCUGCCAGUGUCCAACUGCUGGCAUGGGCUGCGUGGAGUCUUGGACGUCAGGGACGGCCGGGAAGGCGGCAGGCUGUAUGUAUCCAUCAAGGCCUACGAGACGCCCGACGAAGCCCAGGCGGCAUGGCGGCCACCUGAGAAGGCCCUUCGCUUCAUCAGCGGCUCUGGAUCGCUGUCUACUGUUCGAUCCUCUGUGCGGAAGCAGAAGAGUGGAGGCGCCCCAGAUGAAUGCUUCGAUCUAUGGGACACAGAUGAGUGCACUGCAGUUGGAAGCCGCCUCGCGAAGAAGUUUAUCCCGUCAGCCUCGCGGGGGGUCUUGGCUGAAGAUCCACACGCCCAGGGAGAAGAUGAAGCAGCCACGGGGGAGUAUCAUGGUUAUGCUUAUGCUGCCGUGAUGAACAGUGGCCGGCCCCAUUUUGCGCAGAAGAUGGUGACACACAGCUGGCAAAACAUUUUCAGCCACCUCAUUGCAGCGAUUCUUGCCGAUGCCCUGGACGUGGAGAAAUACGAUGAGAUCGCCAAGCUCCUGGUGAAGCGCAAUUUCUCCACAUUGAGUGAUGCCCUACGCAGGAAAAACUCCCUUGAUGUCCGCUACUGGGUCUGUGCGUUCUCCGUGAACCAACAUGCUGGGAUUUGUGCGACUCCACCACCGGUGGACUCGACCGGACAUGCGAUAGCCCCCUGCAGAUGCGGGACACCCAAGCAUUUCGCCGGUGAUCUUAGCGAGAUGAACAAAUUCGACGACAUGAUGGCCUUCCUCAAGAGAACCCUACGCCAGCAGCAGGGUCAGGUUCGCUUGGAACAAGUGAUUGCGCUCGAGACGGAUUUCGCGCUACUUACAGCACAGGCUGUGAAAAUUCACUCGGCGUCCUCGCGAGAUGUUUGCUUGGAUAGGCUGGUUCAGCUGGACGUGAGAAGCGCCCAAGCAUCGUUUCCAGCAGACAAGGACUUUGUGCUGAACAAGAUCCAAGAUGUGGAGGAUUUCAACACGCGCCUCCAAGAUCUCAUGUUGCAUCGUAUGGAGUCCUUUCUGCAGACCAGCCGAGCCAGCACGGCCGCGGACCUCUUUGACGAAGCAAUCCUAGCAGUCGUUAACGUGGCCAUCUGA